UGCACUUCCCAGUCCUCACACACAGGGGACGGGGUAAAGGAAGUGGGACCCGGGCUCGGACACCAGAGACCACUCUCCCCGCUGGAACAGAGCCAGCUCGGCCAGGUUGCAGCAUGACUCUGUGGAACGGUGUGCUGCCCUUCUACCCUCAGCCCCGGCAUGCCGCCGGCGUCAGCGUCCCGCUACUCAUCGUCAUUCUGGUGUUCUUGGCCUUAGCCGCCAGCUUCUUACUCAUCUUACCCGGGAUUCGUGGCCACUCGCGCUGGUUCUGGUUGGUGAGAGUUCUUCUCAGCCUAUUCAUAGGAGCAGAAAUUGUGGCGGUGCACUUCAGCGCAGAAUGGUCAGUGGGCAGAGUUAGCACCAAUACAUCCUACAAGGCCUUCAGUGUGGCACGCGUCCGAGGCCACGUCGGUCUGCACGUGGGCCUGGAGGGCGUUAAUAUUACACUCACAGGAAACCCAGUGCAGCAGCUGAACGAGACCAUCGACUACAACGAGCAGUUCAUCUGGCGGAUAGGCGAAAACUAUGCUGGGGCGUAUGCGGAGGCACUGGAGAAGGGGCUGCCGGAUCCCAUUCUCUACCUGGCGGAGAAGUUCACUCCGAGCAGCCCCUGCGGGGUUUACCGCCAAUACCGCCUGGCAGGGCACUACACCUCGGCCACGCUGUGGGUGGCGUUCUGCUUCUGGCUCCUCUCCAACGCGCUGCUCUCCAUGCCGGUCCCGCACUACGGAGGCCUGGCUCUCCUCAUCACCGGCGCCUUCGCGCUCUUCUCCGUGUUCGCCUUCGCCUCCAUCUCCAGCGUGCCUCUCUGCCAGCUCCGCCUCGGCUCCUCCGAGCUCACCACUCGCUACGGUGCCGCCUUUUGGAUCACGCUGGCCACCGGCAUCCUGUGUCUCCUCCUCGGAGCAGCGGUGUUGAGUCUGCACUACGCUCGGCCCAGCGCUCUUCGCGCCUUCUUGGAUGGAAGCGUCAAGGACCUCGAAGGGCAGGCGAGCGGGAGCUCUCCUCUCAUCCUCAACAACCCAGUGCAUAAGCAGUUCAGCACCCCGGACUUAACCAUCAGUACUAACCUGUGAAAAGGACUCAACUUCGGACUCCUGCUCUGCCUUGGUCCCCCGCAGGCCGGGGAGCAGUGCCUGCCGGGCCUGGGGAGCUCCGGGAGGGCACUGCGCUGGGGGCGCGGUGGGAAAGGCCGGUGGCCUCAGAUGUGCCGCCCGCCCCCGGGAAAGAGUCUCCCAGGGUGAGCUGUAAAUAAAUUCUUUCUCCUU